UACCACCCAUUUGAGUAAGAGAAUGCUUCACGUUUCUGCAAACAAACCAUGAUUAAUGUUCAUUCAUAAUCACUUCCAACUGAACCACCCACACAUCUCCGACUCUCACCAUGUCCACACUCUCUUUCCGCCUCUUCCCGUUCCUCUUCCUACUAUCCAUCAUCUCAAACUGUGCCCCCACCCAAUCCAAACCCACCGUAUCAGUGGCCCCCACAACCCUCUCAAGAUCCGGCGACACCGUCACGAUACGGUGGUCAGGAAUCGAUUCUCCGUCGGAGCUCGACUGGGUAGGCAUCUACUCUCCUCCCUCCUCCGCCCACGACGACUUCAUCGGCUACCUCUUCCUCUCCAAAUCCCCGACCUGGCAAUCCGGGUCGGGCUCCCUCUCCCUCCCGCUCGUCAACCUCCGAUCCAACUACACCUUCCGGAUCUUCCGAUGGACCCGCUCCGAAAUCAACCCGAAGCGCCAGGACCACGACCACAAUCCCUUACCCGGCACCAGAAACCUCCUCGCCUCGUCGGAGGAGGUGGCGUUUGUCUCGGGUCGGGGACCCGAGCAGAUCCACCUGGCGUUCGCCGACGCGGAGGAUGCGAUGCGGGUGAUGUACGUGACGCCGGAGCCGAGGGAGACGUACGUAAGGUUUGGAGAGAAGGAGGGUGAUCUUGAUGGUGUGGCUCUUGCGCGUGUUGUGAGGUACGAGAGGGAGCACAUGUGUGAUGGUCCUGCUAAUGCUAGCGUUGGUUGGAGGGACCCUGGUUAUAUACAUGAUGCCUUGAUCACCAAUUUGAAGAAAGGGAAAAGAUACUAUUACAAGGUUGGAGAUGAUAAUGGUGGUUGGAGUGCAACUCACAGCUUUGUGUCAAGGAAUAGUGAUUCAGAUGAAACAAUAGCUUUCCUUUUUGGAGACAUGGGAACAGCCACACCGUACAAUACGUUUUUGCGUACACAAGAUGAGAGCAUAUCAACCAUGAAGUGGAUCCUCCGUGAUGUUGAAGCUCUAGGCAACAAGCCUGCCUUCAUCUCACACAUUGGAGAUAUUAGUUAUGCAAGAGGUUAUGCAUGGUUGUGGGACCAUUUCUUCACGCAGAUUGAACCUGUUGCUUCCAAAGUGGCAUACCAUGUUUGCAUUGGCAAUCAUGAGUAUGACUGGCCGUUACAGCCAUGGAAGCCUGAUUGGGCCAGUUAUGGAAAAGAUGGGGGUGGUGAGUGCGGUGUACCCUAUAGUUUAAGGUUCAACAUGCCUGGAAACUCUUCAGAACCCACUGGAACUGGAGCCCCAGCAACAAAGAAUCUUUAUUACUCAUUUGAUACAGGAGCAGUGCAUUUUGUGUAUUUCUCCACAGAGACCAAUUUCCUUCAAGGGAGCAACCAGUAUAACUUCUUAAAGCAUGACUUGGAAUCAGUUGACAGGAGCAAGACUCCUUUUGUAGUAGUCCAGGGGCACCGACCCAUGUACACCACAAGCCAUGAAAAUAGGGAUGCUGCGUUAAGAGGAAAAAUGCUUGAGCACUUGGAACCCCUAUUGGUGAAUAACAAUGUGACCCUUGCCCUUUGGGGUCAUGUUCAUAGAUACGAGAGAUUUAGUCCGCUGAAUAACUUCACCUGUGGUGAUAGUGUGGGUCAGAAAGCAGGGGACAAAGAAGCAUACACAGUUCAUCUUGUGAUCGGAAUGGCAGGGCAAGACUGGCAGCCCAUCUGGGAACCAAGACCUGAUCAUCCCAAUGACCCAAUCUAUCCACAACCAAAAGAGUCUCUGUACCGCGGGGGUGAGUUUGGGUACAUUAGACUGGUGGCAACAAAACAGAAGCUUCUGAUUUCUUAUGUUGGAAACCAUGAUGGCGAGGUGCAUGACACAUUUGAAAUUCUGGCAUCUGGUGAGGUAAUCAAUGGUAAUGGGGAUGGCGGUAGUGGUAGUGAUAAAGAUGGAGGUCAGAUUGUGGAAUCCACGUUGUCGUGGUAUAUCCAGGGAGGAAGUGUACUGGUCCUUGGGGCCUUUGUGGGUUACAUUCUCGGUUUCGUGUCUCGUUCCAGUAAGAAAUCUGAGGCCAGGGGUAGUUGGUCACCCGUGAAGACUGAGGAAACUUAAACAAUUUAUUGCCCCACUUUUUUAUACAGGGAUGAAGGUUUGCUCAAAAUAGAAAUUAGGGUAUGAAGGUGUUCGAUUGUGAGUAUUCCUGCUAUUUGUUUGAGUAAACAACCCUAGUUGCUACUUGAGAAAUAAUGUUUGUACAUAUUCAAAUUUUGUUGAGUGAACUGUGCCAUUUAUGGCAUGCCUUGUAGGACUUGUUUUGUAUGAUAUUCAUGGUAUUGAUAAAAAUGAGUUAGAUUAAGGAUACCACUGUAAUUAAAUUCAGAAAUAAAGUUUUUUCCCUCUCCCCUUUGUUUC